AUGGCUCCUACAAAAAACUUAAGUACACAACAAAGAGAACACAUAAUGCAGAAGCUGCUGUCUGCAUUAAAUAAGAAGGGCAAACCAAUGCUAGGCACAAUCAAUGCACUUGCGAAUGAGUUUCAAGUGUGUAGGAAAACAAUCACACGUUUGUGGAAUGAUGUCAAGAAGCAAAUGACAAACAACACCACAGUCAUUAACCUCAACAGUAAGAGAGGGGGCAGAGAAGCAGCAAACAAAAUAAAAUUCGAUGAAGAAAAAUUUAAGGUCAUCAAAUAUGAACUCAAGGGUACUCAGCAUUCAGUAGCAAAGUUAAGCUUUGCAUUAUCUAAAUGUGAAUAUGAUGAACACAAUGAUGCAUUCAAGUUUAAGCCAUAUACUAACGUUGUUCACAUAGAUGAAAAACACUUCUAUCUAACCCGAGAGACACAGAGUUAUUAUCUAGCUCCGGGUGAAGUAGAACCACAUAGAGAAUGUCAAUCAAAAAGGUAUUUGGCCAUUUAUUACACAGGAGCCAGCAAAAAGAAGCUCAAAGAACAGGAAAAGGGGGAGUUGGAAACAAAACCAAUACAAUCAAUCACAAAAGAGCACAUUAGAGCAAUGCUUAUCACUAAUGUGCUGCCAACCAUUAGAGCAAAAUGGCCUGCAUAA